AUGGCGGCGAGAAAGCGCAGCUCCCAGGUCAUGGUUGACCUCACUGAUGACCGCUCAGAACCUCGGCCGAAAAGAAGAGCCAUGCAUUCUACUGGUGUUAAUGCAUCUGCCCGCCGCAAUCCUUCGCCACGUUCCUCCAAUCAACUACAAGCGUUCGGUGUGAAUGAUGAUCAAUCCUCAUUGUUAACAAGCCCGCGGUUGACAAAUUCUCGAAUCGCCUCACACGAGCACGAGACUAUGGACCCUACUCAAGAAACUAAUGAAGAAGUUAGAGAGCUUUACGGAACUUUUAAUACAAAAAUAGUUGGCAUACAAUAUUACAACGGUAAUGCUACAGCAGGGGAAGAGGUUCUCUGUCGAAGGGAGCCUGAUAAUCAGUAUGAUCGCAACGCCAUCCGAAUGGAUAACGUCAUGAAUCGCCAGAUUGGACAUCUGCCUCGAAAAGUCGUUGAGAGAGUUGCACCAUAUAUUGAUUCCGGAGACAUCUUUCUUGAAGCUCAGCUUACUGGAUUCAAAGGCACUUACGAUUGCCCAGUAAGACUGUAUUUCUAUGGGCCGAGUGACUCAUCCGACCGGUCAAGGAUUGAAAACAAACUCAAGAGUGACAAGCUGGUGAAAUCCACUGAGCUCAAGCGAACUAGGAGAGAAGCUGAGACUCGAAGGGCUGCCUUGGGCUUGAAAGCGGGUGGUUUAACAUAUGGACUGGGAACCAACGGCUAUGAGGACCCCGAAAUAUCACUAGAGGAUAUUUUGAAACAUAGUCAAUCAGUUGAGUUCAGAAAUGGGAAAGAUGUGAUCAAGACACUGGCAAUGGACGAAUUAUACUUGUCGCAGAUGCCUUACUGUGAGCAGCCAUCGGCUCUCAAAGCGACACUCUUACCAUAUCAGCUCCAGGGACUCGCUUGGAUGAUUUCCAAAGAAAAUCCUAUUCUACCAACAAAAGACGCUGACAACCUAGUCCAGCUAUGGAAGUAUGACGGCAAAGGUUACUGGAACGUGGCCACGGACUUCAUCAGCAAAUCCCCGCCAAAGCUCUUCUCCGGUGGAAUAUUAGCUGAUGAAAUGGGCCUUGGGAAAACUCUUCAGGUGAUCAGUCUGAUCCUGUCGGGUGGUGUCGGAACCACAUUGAUUGUUGCUCCUGUGAGUGUCAUGAGCAAUUGGAAGCAGCAAAUAGAGAGACACGUCAAACCUGAGUGUUUACCAAAUGUUCUCAUCUAUCACGGCGAUAAAAAGAUGUCCCCUCAGGAUUUGAUGAAGUUUGAUGUGGUCAUUACUAGCUACGGAAAAUUGGCCCGUGAAAGGGAUGCCAAUGUUCCUCAGGUUCUGUUAUCGACUGCUAUGCAGUGGAGGCGCGUGGUUCUGGAUGAGGGCCACACCAUUCGCAAUGCCCGAACCAAGGUUGCGCUAGCUGCUUCUAUGAUUAAGGCCAGGUCACGAUGGGUUUUGACUGGCACUCCUAUCAUAAACUCUGUAAAGGACCUGCACUCCUUGAUUAAGUUUUUGCACAUCACUGGAGGAAUCGAACAAGCCGAAAUUUUUAACUCGAGAGUAACACGGAAGUUAUCCGUGGGAGACGAUGCCGCGGAAGCUAUCUUGCAGGGCCUUAUGCAGGAUAUAUGUCUGCGACGCAAAAAAGACAUGAAGUUUGUUGACCUGAACCUGCCGGCAAAGGAGGAAUACCUUCAUCGGAUAAGCUUUCAUGCGGAAGAGAAACGCUACUAUGAUUCAUUACUCGCCGAGGCUCGCGGCGCCCUUGCCGAGUAUCAAGCCAAGGCGAAUAAUAAACGAGGACAAUUCCAGGGAGUUCUCGAGAGACUUUUGAGACUAAGACAGACGUGCAAUCAUUGGACUCUCUGUCGAGACCGCAUUAACGAAUUGAUGAAGUUGUUUCAAGAUCAAGACGUUGUGCCAUUUAACGAAAAAAACACCGCCUUGCUGCAAGAAGCCCUCCAGCUGUAUAUCGAUAAUCAGGAGGAUUGUGCUAUCUGCUACGAUUCUCCAAGAGGUCCUGUUAUAACAAACUGCAAACAUGUGUUUUGCCGCGCGUGCAUUGUCAAGGCUAUCGAAAUGCAGCAUAAGUGCCCCAUGUGCCGGAAUACGCUAUCUGAGGAUUGUCUUUUGGAACCAGCGGUGGAGGGCCAGUUUGACGGAAACUUUGAUACGGAGACCCAAAGCUCCAAGACAGAGGCCAUACUACAGAUUGUUCGCGCGACCUUGAAGAAACCGGGAUCAAAGGUGGUCAUCUUUUCGCAGUGGACAUCGUUUCUGAACAUUGUAGGAAGACAGCUCGACAUUUCUGGGUUGAAAUGGUGCCGAAUUGAUGGCAGUAUGGGCACAGAGCAGCGCGACCGUGCUGUUCAAGCACUGGACAACAAUGCCGACACCCGUGUCAUGCUUGCCAGCCUGGCUGUUUGCAGCGUUGGGCUGAACCUCGUUUCCGCGGACACUGUCAUUCUGUCCGACAGCUGGUGGGCACCAGCCAUCGAGGACCAAGCUGUCGAUAGGGUUCAUCGACUAGGGCAAACACGAACGACGACUGUCUGGCGACUAAUUGUGGAAGGAUCUGUUGAAGAAUGUGUAUUGGACAUACAGAAGGAAAAGAGGGAGUUGGUGAUAAAGACUUUCCAGGAUGAGGACAAGAAGGGCAAGGCGACGAAGGACACGAGGAUGGCCGAUAUUGCCAAGCUUCUGUCUUGA